GAGGUUACCUUGUAGUUUUCAUUGUACAGAAAAGGAAAAAGAAAAAAAAGAAAAAAACAGAAGAAAAAAAACUGGCUAGGGUUUUAUACGGUGCAAUUUCAAGCCACAAAUGUUCUCUUCUACCAACAGUCUCAAUUCUUCUCCACACUUUCCCCCAUCCUCUUACCAACCUUUUCCUCUCCCUUUUUCUAAUCACCACCUCCAACUUUCUGACGAGAUUUCCCUUCACCAACAAUACCAAAACGAUCCGCUAGCUCUAGCGGGUCCAGUUUUACCAAUUCCUGAAACUGUGAUCAAUUUCUCAGUUUCGAACAACCCCAUAAUGACAAGGCCUUCAAACAACAUUAAUAUCGGAAACCCAUUUGGUGUUUCUAAUUUUCUUGCUAAGAAACCUGUGAAGAAAGAUCGACACAGCAAGAUUUACACGUCUCAGGGGUUGAGGGACCGAAGGGUGAGGCUCUCCAUUGAGAUAGCUCGCAAGUUCUUUGAUCUCCAAGACAUGCUAGGGUUUGACAAGGCUAGCAAAACCCUUGACUGGUUGCUGACAAAGUCGAGGAAAGCGAUCAAAGAAGCAGCUAAAAUGAAGCAGAACUGUAAUGGGUGUGCUAAAACUAGUUUGUCAUCCACUAAUUUCGACUGUGAAGUGGUUUCAAGAAUCAACCAAAUCACUGAUAAUGGUGGAAACCUGGAAGGGUUAGUACUUUCAAAGAACAACUCGUCGGCAUUGCUAAGUACCAUUUCUAAUAAGAAGAUGAGGAAGCUGAACAAAGAUGAGAUUCACUUGCUUGCCAAAGAGUCAAGGGCUAAAGCAAGAGCAAGAGCUAGAGAAAGGACAAGAGAAAAAUUGUGCACUAGAAAAUGUCCUGCACCUGGAUGCUCUCAAAUCUUGCAACAAUUGAAGCCACCGACUCAGCUUGAAGCUUGUGAAAGGUCCUCUAAGGUCGUUGAGGGAGAAAUUCAACAACAGCCUAGCUCUCACAUGUUUGAGGAAUCUAUUAUGAUCAGAAGGAAGUUGAAGCCAGCUGGGAGAUUGGGUUAUCAGCCAAACCUGUCAAGCUCCAACAACGAGAGCAGCAACUACUUUCCCAAUUCACCUCUAAAUUGGGACAUCAAUAGCACCAUUGCACGCUCUAGCUUUUAUGCCAUUACCAACACCAAUCUUUCUACAGAACUUCAAAUCUGUGGGAAAUCUUUAGAGGGCAGCACCAAUCAACUAUUGCACUAAAAUCGUGUGCAAGGCUCUACGCAUUAGCGCAGAAAGCCGUGGUUGUUUCUUCAAGUUUAUAAUAUUAGAAAAUCGGUGUAUCGUAUUCCAGGAAAGCUUUUGGGUAUUUAUCUUUCAAUCACUUCAGCUGCUUUACUUUUCGAAUCUUAAUGAAAAUGCUUACCUAUCUAUUUUUGUGUCUUCU